GGCUCCCGUCGCUCUGUGGCUGGAGCGCCCCCUGGCGGCGCGGGCGGGGAGCGGGCGGUGGUCCCGGUGCGGUCCCGGUGGCAGCGGCAGCAGCAGUCCGGCUCUGGACCUGCCCGAGCCCUGACCCGUGCGGGCCGCGAGGAACGGCUGUCCCCUUCCCGCUCUGCGCCGGUGGCCAUCGCUGUCCCGGAGAGGGCCGGGGCAGGCCCCGGUCCAGCAGCCCGGCCCCGGGGAGCCCCCGGCUGCCCCCGGCCUUUGCAGUGGGGGAGCGGCUACGCCUCCGCCCGGGCACCGCCGGGGAGGGGGCUCUGAGCGUCCCCCCUAAGCCCGGUCCACCGGUGUCCCCGGGCCGGUCCCCGAGCCCCGGCAUCGCGUGUUGGGCCGAGGCCGGGCCCCGGCUCCUCCGGGGGCGCAGGGUCCCCGCGGGGCCGCCCGGGCUCAGCUCUACCGGGGGCCGGGCCGGAGCGCCGCCCCGCUGCCCGCCGCCGCGUUUCCGGGCGGGGCGAGGGGCUUCCUGCGGGGAGGCUGCGGCCGCCGCCGCGACCCCGGUUCUGCUGCCGGCCCGACCCGUCCAGCCGCCGGGAUGAUCAACGCCAUCCUGGUGUUCAACAACCACGGCAAGCCGCGGCUCGUCCGCUUCUACCAGCACCUGGCGGAGGAGGUCCAGCAGCAGAUUAUCCGCGAGACUUUCCACCUGGUGCUGAAGCGGGACGACCACAUCUGCAACUUCCUGGAGUGCGGCAGCCUGUUUGGCGGCUCGGACUACAAGCUGAUCUACCGCCACUAUGCCACGCUGUACUUCGUCUUCUGCGUGGACUCCUCGGAGAGCGAGCUGGGCAUCCUGGACCUCAUCCAGGUGUUUGUGGAGACGCUGGACAAGUGCUUUGAGAAUGUCUGCGAGCUGGACCUCAUCUUCCACAUGGACAAGGUUCACCACAUCUUGCAGGAGGUGGUGAUUGGUGGCAUGGUGCUGGAGACCAACAUGAACGAGAUCGUGGCGCAGGUGGAGGCCCAGAGCAAGCUGGAGAAGGCGGAGCAGGGAGGGCUCUCGGCUGCUCCUUCCCGCGCGGUCUCGGCCGUGAAGAACAUCAACCUGCCAGAGAUCCCUCGCAACAUCAACAUCGGAGACAUCAACAUCAAAGUGCCCAACCUGUCACAGUUCAUGUGACCGUCCCGUGGCAGGGAGGGCUGCCCACGCACACGGGCCGUGGCCCGGGCUGGCUGGGGAGAGGAGCUGGGCGCCGUCGGGCUCCCCCUGCCCCUUCUGGGUCUCUGCCCGUGCGGCACACGGUGGGCCCGGUGUGCUGCCGGGGGUGCCUGGGCUGGCAGAGGCUGGGGAGCGGUGAUGGGGCUCAGCGAGGAUGGGGGAGUGCUGUCCGCCCAUCCGUCACCUUGCACCUGGCCUCGGUUCUGCUCUCCCACCAACAAGGGUGGCCUUUCUCCCCCUGCCUCCCCGCCCCCCGUGGACGUGCACCCUCUCCCCUCGCUGUGGGGGAAGAGCCGGGUCCUGCCUCCCCCAGCGCUUCUUGGGAUUCCCAGUUGUAAAGAAUCACCUGUAGCUGACGGCUCCCGCGGGAGCUGUACCUUGUUGUCUCCUCCAUCCUCCCGGGCUGGGCUGUCCCAUGCCUGGCGUCCCCUGCGUCCUGCUCGCUGGGUCUGGGGCUGCUCCUCGGGGCUGCUGCGAGCUCUGGAGCUGGGGCCGGCGGGGGUGGUACCCGCUGGACCCGGGGAGUCGCAGUGAGGGGGGAAGGAGCUGCCUCUGCCCAGGCUGGCGGCUGGGUCGGGGCCAGGCUGGGCCCUCCUGGAGCACGUCCCCGUGUCCUAAUAAACCCCCGUGUCAGCCUG